GCCUUGACCUCUCACCCAAGUUGUAAACAGAAAAAUAGUGAAAAUGGAAAUUCUGUGUCUGCGAACAAGUUUUGAUAAUGUUCUAAUUCAACGAUGAAGAUGACGGAAAAUAAGCUUUUCUUUCCAGUAAAGGAGAUUCAAUAUAAAGAACUGUUUGACUGGGCUGAUCCUGGACAGAGAUAUAAGACAUCUUCAGUAUCAGUUCCUCAGAAGAAUGGUCUCCUUCGACAGAACAGUCGCACAGGUACCUUGGUCGACUGCAACAAAAUGAAAAUUGCCUUGUUCAGACACGGAGAGCAGGUGUUUGCUGUAAAUGAAAAAUGCCCACAUGCAGGAGGUCCUCUACAUUUGGGUGACAUUGAGGAGAUGCCAGAAGGAGGAUUGUGUGUACGCUGCCCAUGGCAUAGUUGGCGGUUUGACCUGAACACAGGGAAGGUUACAAUGCCACAUGGGCGUGACUUGUCCACAAUUGUAUACCCAGUAAGAGUUGACCAGGCUGGUAUCAUUUCUAUAGGAUUUGACAAAUUUGCAGACAGCUAUUUUGCUGCAGAAGAGGAAUUUUAAUUCUGCAUUUGUUCAAUUAUGCAGUAACCAGAAAAAAAUUAAUUUCAAUUCUGAAGUACUGUUGAAACUUUUUGUUUUAAAAAGGCUAUUUUUUUUUUAUUUUUUUUUUUAAUAUUGUUUAUUUAAUGUGUUCAAAGUCUUUAAAAGAGGCUUUCUUUUUUUUCUAUUCAUUGUUAAACUUUUAAAAAUUGUGUUGUUAUUAUUCAUUUUAACAAGAAUGUUGGUUUGAGUCUUUUCUUUAUUAGGAUUUUUAUAAUUUUUCAUUAAGAUUGUUUUAGUCUCUGUUUGGCAUAUUGAGAUUGUACAUAUGUGUAAGCAAAUUGAUUUUAACUAUUUAAUGAUAUGCUGGACCAGUUGAUGUUAAUUAUCACAAGUACUAUAACAAGUUAUUGUUUAGAAUUUACAUAGUGAAAUGUAUAGAUACCGGUAUGAAUAUUGUUUUACUAGAAGUGGCAUUUGAUAUUUAAUAUAUCUAUAGGGCUGGUGUAUUUUAAAUUUUGAUUACAGUUAAUUAGUUAAUUGUCAAGAUUUUCUCUUUCUUCUUAAGACCACAGUGUAUUUUUUAUGUUAUAUGUAUAAAAUGUAUGUUGUUGAAGUUUUGUUUUGAGCUUAAUGUAAUGUUAUUUCUUGGUUCCCUAUACAAUUGAUGUAUUUAAGGUAUCUUUAGAGGUUUGUACCAUCUAAAAUAUCUGAACAUCUGACACCAGGAAUGAAAGUACCAGUGAAUAUUUUAUCUGUAAUUGGAAGGAGAAAUGAAAAAUACCCCUUCUGUUCUGGGUCUCAAAACUAGUGACCUAUUUUUCGAGCUCUGAGUUGACAUCCUACCACUAGGCUAAAGGGAAAUGCUGGCUAGCCAGAACUUAUACAGUGACCUUAUGCUCUUUGGUUUUACACUACUGUCUCCUUCACAAAUGUCUUCAUUUCCCAAAGACAACCACAUCCCAGGUUUUGUCCAAGCUCUAGGAAACUUCUUAAUCUCCUAUAGUUUUCAGAGGGAGUGCAUGGUCAUCACACCAAAUCUGUAAGAGGAAGGAACAAUGAAAACUACCCUUCUGGCACUAGGCCUCACACUAUAGUGACCUUUCACUCUAUGAGCAGACAUCCUAACACUAGGCUAAAGGGGAAUUCCCACUAGCUUGUUAUCAAGUGACCUUAUAAUCUCCGCGUUAACAAAUGUACCAGUUAAUACAGUACAUGGUGAAGUUCAGGAUAUCCCUUUAUGUAAUUAUACAUGUAUAUACACUGUAUAUGUAGCUACAAAGGAUAAGCUGACUUUCUGUUAUAAGCCUGAGUUACUGUAGUUCAUAAAAUAAAGAAGACUAUUUCCUUUAGUAUACACAAAAACUAGUCAUCAUUAUAUAUAUAUACUGACCUUUUCUAGUCAAUGUUAUCAAGUUUGUUGGUAGCAAUCUCAACAGAGUCAAAAGCUACAAAUAUCAAAUGAUAACAAAUUAACAUUAUUAAAUAUCAUUACAUAAUAUUAAGAAGUUUCCUUAGAGAGUCACCAUAUUAAAUUGGGAACUGAUAUUAUACAGAUAUGUUUCAUACAGUAUUGCAUCAAGUUGUACAUGUAAACAUGCACAUACAUUAUAUACAUGUUUUUUUAACGCUUUCUGCAUUUUCAAUCUUAAUGUCAUAAUGUUCUUGUGUUCAUGUUCAUAAAAUUGUGAUGAUACAUAACCAGACUAUGCCAGUGUCUGUAACAUCAUUUUUAACCACCCAUGUUUUAAAAUGGAUUUUGGUUCUAAAAUCAUAUUUUGUUUCAGUUGUAUUCUUGCUUUACUUUUCCUUUUGUGUUGGUCUGUCCCCUUUUGUUGUCUUGUCUUUUGUUUUGUACUAUACAUUGUAAUCUGCUCAGUUACACCAACAGUUGAGUUCUAAGAUUGUACCAAUGUGUGGGUGCCGUUGUACAUUUUACCAGUAUUAUUUUCCAGCUUUAAUCUUUUUCAGCUCUAAGAUAUGAGAAAUUUUUAGUUCAUCUGUUGUUUUACAUAUCACAUUUCCUUGUUUUUCUUUAACUUUUAAUAUAUAUUUUUUAUUGUUUUCCUUCUUUUUAGAGCAUGAAAAAGGCGAAAAAUCUUAAUAUUUAAGUAAUGUUUUUUCCUACUUAAUCAUUUAAUGUGCAGGUCCAUAUUUCAUGAGUAUACCUUUAUAAACAUUAAAUCGUCAUAUGGUUCUGCUCUACUGUAGAUGUGUUAAUGCAAGCAUGCAAUCAUAGUGUGAAUCAUAAUUCCAGAAAAUAUGCAAUUUUUGCCUCAAACAUUGCCAAUCCUAGAAAUAUUUGUCAGUAUGAGAAUUAUGGGACCAAAGGUUUUUUAAAAUCUGAAAUAGGCCAAUAAAACACCAGAAACCUUCAGAUUAGUUUAGUUGUGACUUCAUUUCAAGUGUGGUGUGGUUCUUUUUUCACCUAAAAUAGACUUUGAGGUGAGGUGCUGUUGUGUGUAGAAUGUUUUGACUUUGAGGAUGUGUUUAGCAUUCUGAGAUCUCCUGUUUUACCAGAUUAUCAUAAGUCAGGCUAAUGUGUAGAUGCCUGUUAACAUUAUAUAUUAAGAUAAACUUGUACUUCAUCAAUCCAAAGUUAACAUUUAUCUGUAAAUUUACUUCAAAAAUUUUUUGUGGGUUUGUAGUUAAAUAUAUGAUCAUCAAUGUUGUUAUGUCACCUGAGACGAAGUUUCAAGUGACCUAUUCUAGAUGUCUUAUCUCCGUUAUUGUGCCUGGUUCGUUGUGUGUAAACAAUUUACAUUUUUAACUUCUACUUUGAAACCUGGAACUUAUUUCAAUGAUCUUUUCUUUUUUUAGAAAAGUCCCUAGCAGGGUUAAAUGGGGUCAAAUUGACUGAAAUUUCAAAAGCUUUCUCAAGAUAGAAUCCAAUACUCUUCAUAGAUGGAAAGGUUUCAAGAUGCUUUAUCAAAAUUGUGAAUUUCAUUACUCUGGUGGCUCAUGUUUCUUCUUGGGGAGGGGGUAUACUUGACACUUUAAGUUUUGUAGGGAAAUCACGCUUUUAAGCAUGAUUCAUUUAAUUGCCAUAGGAAAUAAUGCAUGGUAACUUAGUUAGAAUUUAUCUGUGUGGGAUGGUAGUUUGAUGGUAUGCACACAAUGGCCUUGGCAGGCUGCCAUUGGCUGAUAGGCAAUGCGAAAAAAGGUCAAAUUGACAUAUUUUCAAGCAUCUUCUCAAUACCCAGAUAUGAUAGUAUCAUAUAAAUUGUACUUUUCAUAGAUGGGAAGGUCAUAGUUGCGUUCCCAGUGUUGACUGGAGGAUGGGACCACCAGAUUUGUGGUGAUGACUUAAGGAUGGGUGCAACAGAUUAAUGGUGAUGACUUGAGGAUGGGCAAACCAGAUUAGUGGUCAUUUGGAUAAUUGGACCACCAUGAUUGGAUAGUAGGACAACCAGAUCAGUAGUGACUAGAUUGUUGAGCCACUAGAUUAGUUCUAUGUGAAAAGUAGGGUCAUAGGAUUAUUUUGACUGGAUUUGUGAAGAUCCCCAGUAAAACAGUACCUAGGCUACAUUCUCAUAUGUAUCACCCAUAUAUCAAUCUUUAUUUCUGAUGUUUUGGUAUUUAAUACUGUAGGCUAUAUCGUGUAGAUGUGUGAUAAUGUAAAAUAUAUUUUCCAUAACACAUGUUUAUGACAUUAACUUCACUUGCCAUUGUUACGAUUUUGUUAUCCUAUUUUAUGAGUGAUAUAAUUAUCUAAAUUAUUGAUAUGCAUGAUUUUAUUUUGUUACAAAAUAUGAAAAAAAAAUUAAGACAAAUGUUAAUAUCUAUCACUGCUAUUUCAUUCUUAACUAUGAUCUAUUUUACAUCAGUUAUUUGAAGAGAAAUACUGAGUAUCAUUCAUGUCAGAUCUGAUCAAGGGAUAACAUCCAUACAACUGUCAAUACACUGUAUAACAUACACACAUGUACGUCACCAAACCUGUUAUAUAUCACAGACAGACGGGAUAACGUCCACAUAACUGUUAAUACACUGUAUAACAUACGUCACCAAACCUGUUAUAUAUCACAGUGAUAAAGACGGGAUAACGUCCACAUAACUGUUAAUACACUGUAUAACAUACGUCACCAAACCUGUUAUAUAUCACAGUGAUAAAGACGGGAUAACGUCCACAUAACUGUUAAUACACUGUAUAACAUACGUCACCAAACCUGUUAUAUAUCACAGACAGACGGGAUAACGUCCACAUAACUGUUAAUACACUGUAUAACAUACGUCACCAAACCUGUUAUAUAUCACAGUGAUAAAGACGGGAUAACGUCCACAUAACUGUUAAUACACUGUAUAACAUACGUCACCAAACCUGUUAUAUAUCACAGACAGACGGGAUAACGUCCACAUAACUGUUAAUACACUGUAUAACAUACGUCACCAAACCUGUUAUAUAUCACAG